CCUGUUGUUCAGUCAUGCGCAUUGGUCUGUUGUCAUAGAAGCAACGAAACUGAGCUCGUACCCAAAACACUGCUGUUGGAAUAUCGCACUAACCAGACAAAAAUGAUUCCUCCCAACGCAUCAUUGGUCAAAUAUGACAACCCAGUACUGGUCAGUCGAAAUACAGAUAAAAAGACACCAAGGGCAAGGGCUCUCAAAGUUAGCCCUGGACAGCCACAGGCAGGGGGCCCAGUGCCAAACCCCCCAGGGAAACAGAAGAUGUCAUCUGUGGACGCCAAAGCAGCCCAGCAGACAGAUGAAAUUCUAAACUCAAUUCUUCCUCCCCGGGAAUGGCAAGAAUCAGGCCAACUGUGGGUACAGCAAGUUUCCAGUACACCAGCUACUCGUUUAGAUGUUGUCAAUCUGCAGGAGGAACUUGACAGAAGGUUACAACAGAGACAAGCUAGAGAAACAGGAAUCUGUCCUGUCAGGCGUGAACUCUAUUCCCAGUGCUUUGAUGAACUUAUCCGUCAAGUCACCAUCAACUGUGCAGAGAGGGGUCUAUUGCUUCUCCGAGUCAGAGAUGAAAUCAGAAUGACAAUAGCAGCCUACCAAACCUUAUAUGAAAGCAGUGUGGCCUUUGGAAUGAGGAAAGCCUUGUGGGCAGAACAGGGAAAAGCUGACAUGGAGAAGAAGAUUUCAGAUCUCGAGCAGGAAAAGCGAGAUUUAGAAAAGCAGGUCAAUGAACUGAAGGGUAAAUGUGAGCAAAUCGAGAAACGUGCCCAGGAGCAGAGAAUGGUGGAGGAAAAGAAACACACAGAAGAAAUGCAGUUUUUGAAGCGAACAAACCAACAGCUCAAGACUCAAUUGGAAGGAAUCAUUGCUCCAAAGAAGUAAUAGGAUAAAUAGAAAAUUCAAUGAAGUUUCUGUUCCACAUAAAAAUUG